AUGGCAGACUUUGGACUUGCAAAACCUUUAUCACACACUGUUACCCACCGGUCUGUGCAACCACCGGCAGGAACCGUUGGAUAUUUAGCUCCAGGGUAUUUUGAUGGCGGGAAAAUCAGUGAGAAGUUGGAUGUCUUCGCCUUUGGUGUUGUGCUUUUGGAGUUGAUUACAGGACAAAAACCUUCUGGAUCUUUCACAGAUGGCAUCGUUAAGUGGGCAAGACCUAAACUCUUUGCAGCCUUGAACUCAGAAGAACGAAACUUUGAGGCUCUCGCUGAUCCAAGGUUGCAGAAUAACUAUAACUCUGAAGAGAUGUUUCGAAUGCCCAUCUGCGAACAUAGUUCAAGCCCUUCAUAUAUUCCAUGGGCUUCUGCUGCUAUAGCUCUGCAUUUCUCCAGUUUAACUGAGAAAUCUCCCAACCAUUCCCCACAGUCUCCCCUUAUAACCCCUCCGCACCCGGCUUCUCCACCUUCCGCGCUCGCUCCAUCCGUAUUCAGUUUGCCCCAUUUGGGGGGAGAGGUGUCCAGUCUUGCCAAUGAGGUUCAAAAAACCAGUGUCUGA